CCUCGCCUGCUUUGCUCUUGAAACUUGCCUUUUUGGAUUUGGUUAUGUGCCUGAAGUCAUGCGAUCUAUAAUUUCUGGAAGAUUUGGAUUCUUACCAAGUUUUAGUUCUUGGAUGCAUAAUUAUGCAAAAAUUCGUUGGUUUCCCUGUGGUCAGUAAUUACACUCUGACUCCAACAAAAUUUAUCAGUGUUGCUGAACUAAAUCCGGAAGGUAAAAGAUAGUUUUUAAGCUCUCAAAUUUUAUAAUUGAAUCGGAUCGGAUCCUUUUUUCUUCUUGAUUCUUAGAGAACUAGACCAUUUCUGCUGAAUACCCUUUUUCUCCUUUCCAUGCCCUUUAUUGUUACCAGCAUUUUCCUUAGAAACAGAACCAAUAGGAGACCUAUGGAGUGGCCAGCUGAUCAUGGGGCGACUAGCAGUGAAAUAGACUGGCAGUCUACUCAAUUCUUACUUAAUCUGUACAACUGGAAGAGUUCUGGGUCAAGCAAACAGAAGACUGCCUUGCACCAUAAAAAUAGUCACAGACCCGCAAUCAUUUCCCAGAAUGGGACCAGUUUACAAACCCAGAACCCCUCAAAUGAAGGGAACGCCAGAUUGGCUUGAGGAGGAACUCAGCUACACUACCAAAAAUUUAUACUGUUAGUCUUUCUUCCAGCCUUCCCCAAAGGGAUGUAUGACCUUUUACCAGGGUGACUGUACUUAGGAGAAAGGACAUCAUCAGACUUUUGGAAAUUAAUGGACACUUGCUCUGAAUUGGCACUAAUUCCAGGAGACCCAAAACAUCACUGGUCCACCAGUCAAUGUAGGGGUUUAUGGAGGUCAGGUGAUCAACAGAAUAUUAGCUCAGAUCCAUCUCACAGUGGGUCCCCAAACCCCUUCUGUGGUUACUUCCCCAGUUCUGGGGUGCAUAAUUGGAAUAGGCAUAAUCAGCAACUGGCAGGAUCCCCACAUUGGUUCAAAUGAUGAAAGUGUUUAACCCUCUGUUUUUGAGGAGGAAUAAUAUGAAAAUUCACAUGAUAGUCUGAAAUAGCUUCUAAAUUGAUACACUAACAUCAUCCAUAUAUAAAUUAAAAUACGACUCCUAAAAUUAUAAUUCAUUAACCUGCCAACUCAUGGCAUAGUUAGAAUCUAUUUGGUUGUAUCAAGUCACAGAAGGUUCUUAAGAUAAUUUUGUCCUCCACAGGUGGGCUUUUCAACCUCGGAAGUAUCUGUGAGAAACAUCUGGGCUUUAUUUCCUUAGCUUAGAAAAAUAUGUGUAUUUUUCUAACCUGAGCUUUUAUUCCCUAAGGAACUUUGACGUCUUUCCUUUCUAGCAUGACUUAAGAAGAAAAUAAUAAAGUGGAGGUGUGUAUAUAAGAGAUUUCAACUGAAAUAUAAAACCAAAGGAAGCCAUAGUCUGAAGAGACACUUUUGAGAAAUUAGAUUGUAAUGUAGGCAUUCAAAUAGCCUAAAAUGGUUAUGAUUUAUCUCUUAGAAAUCAAACCAAUUUAGAAGGUUUUUAUUUCUUGUAUGCAUUGUUGUUCUUACAUUUUGUCUUCAAAUGUUGAUUCUGUUUUUCACAUUGAGAUUGAUGGUUCUAUUGAGUAUAAAAGUAAGAGGUUUCCUCAAAUGUAUGAUUUUGUACUGUGUACUUGCCCAUCUAAAAAUCCUAUCAUUUCCCUCUGUCCUGUCCCUCAGAAGAGCUGAUGUACUUUAUUUUACUAUAUAUAACAACAAAAAAGAUUUUCCAAAGUUAAAACUACCUAUGAGAAUUUUCCAAUUUUCCACAAGAAUUUAACCUUUUAAAACAUUCUUCACUCUUUGCAUGAAGACUUGAAACAGAUUGUGGUCAUGCACUAUAAGCAUCAAACGCACUCUCAGAUAAGAUGAUAAAAGAAAAUGUGUUGGCCCAUUUAUGUUACCACCAGCAAGGUUUUAAAGGGCAGAGUAACUCAAGCCUCUUUCAGUUUGGCCCAGUGUUGACAUUCACUGGAGUAUCUUGCUUGCUUAAAGUAGAUUUGCCUCUACUUUUGAUUCCUUAGGGCAGUCUUUCUCUAUGUUUUUCUCAUUACAGCACCCUAAGGAAUCUUUUUAGACAGUUUUUUCUCUAAUCCUUACCAUGAAAUUUUAAUGCCACAGAUAUAUUGUAUACCUGUUUAUGUGCCAUAUGAAGAUCUGUAAUUUAUACAUAAAGAGGUUUGUUUCACUCCCUACAGGAACCAAUUUUUGCCUCAUUGGGGGUUAUAUCAAUCACCUCCACUAUGAUUGUGUGCCUUAAGAGAACCUGCUGGUAUAUGGCUUAAGAUGAAAAGCAAACGUUUUUUGGAUCUCUUAGGAGAUUUAUGGGAGGUUUCUUAAUUUGUUCCUUAGCAGAGACAUACCUGACUUUCUGGAGUGAAAGUCAUCUAUCUGAUACCUCUAACUAUCUGGAACUUAGCCACAAAUCACAGAUUAAGAAAAAAGCAAUCAAAAUAGAUAUCUCAACACAAGCAAUGAAGUUAAUCUACUUUAUUCACUGAGGACCCCUCAGAUACACACUUUGAAGCCUGUUGAUUUUUUUCUCAAGCAGAACUCCAUUGUCUUUGGUAGUUUCCUUUCCUCGUUGUUUCUAACUCAGAGCACAUCAGAAGCCACAAAUCACAAGGCAGUAAAGUGCUUAAACUGCCAUAGACAGGCACACUGAUGUCAGUAGAAAGUGACAGCUGACAGUGAAGGAAGAAGGAAAAACUAAGAAGCACAGGGGUUAGAGGCCAUUUCGUGCAGGAGCCAAUAAGCUCAAACACUUCUGCAGUCCUUGAAAAUAGCACUCACUGUAUUAUAGCACUGCACAUUUUUAAUGACACAAAGGACUCUUCUGGAAGGUCUCAGCAGACAUUAAGCACCUACUUUAUACCAGAGACUUUGGAUAAAAUAAGGAGCAAUUACGUCUGUCCUGUUAGGAUUUUCUCUAAGGCAUGUUUUAGAAUUUCAUCGAAAAUGGUUCUAUAAAGAUGAGAGUUGGUCCAUAAAGGAAUUAGCUUUAGUUAUCUGGAAAUUGACCUGUGAACCAACUCAUCAAUACUCAGUGAUAAUAUACACAAAAAAUGUGUGCCUUUUAUAAUAUCAUCUUUCAAGGACAAUGCGUUUUAUUGGGUUAGAUGACGCUAUCACAUGUAGUUCUUGUGAGUAUUUUUGUCAUUUUUUGUUCCUUGGGCUUCUCUCAUACCAUAAACUUCUCAAUUGCCAGUACUCUAUUUUCUCUCUCCUACAAAGCUUUCCUGGAGAAGAGGAAAGGGCGAUGUCCACCCAUUUCCCAUUAGCCUCUAUAAGCAUAAGAACAUACUGCCAUAGGCUUUGUUCAACACCCACCGGAGUUUGCUAGAGAAGUUCUCCCUUAGUCUUUAUGUGCUCCUCCAGAUUUCCCUUUAACCUUCAUAGUGCUGUGCACAUGUGAACAUAAUUUGAUGACAACAAAUUGUAAUUUAAUACUCGCAGAGUUUGAUGUACAUGUAAGAAUAAAAAAGUAUCCAUGUCUCCCUUCUCUUUACAUCACGAUGUUUUUCAUGUAGGAAGUAUUUUAUCUUGGCUUCUUUCAUUUUUCUGGUUCUACUUUUCUAACUCAAUGCAUUUACUGGUUGUGAAAACGCUAGUCCUAUUGAUUGGACAUUCUUACCUGAAAUUAAAGUGGGAAAUAAUUCACUAAGUUAACUUUUCUUAGACUACCAAGAGUUUCAUAUGGUUUUGUUAAUGAGGAGAGGUAGAAAUUUGCAAUGGGAUGAAAUGCUUGUUAGGUCUAAAUUGGUUCCAGAAUUAAGUUUUAGGACUCCAUUCCACCUAUCCACCAGCUCUGCUUUUCUAGAACACUUGUUUAGGUUGUGUAUAACAAUUUUGCUAAAUAUAUUAGCACUAUACAAGAGAACACCAGGAUUUCCAUAACUUAAAAAGCAUUUCGCGGCACAAGGUGAGGGUCUCGGAUACUGUUUCUCGUUUUUAUCACAUAGAUGGAAUAGCCCUGCUGCAAAGAUGGUCAACGUACCUAAAACCCGAAGAACCUUCUAUAAGAAGUGUGGCAAGCAUUGGCCUCACAAGGUGACACCAUGUAAGAAGGGCAAGGAUUCCUUGUAUGCCCAGGGAAAGAGGUGGUAUGAUCAGAGCCAGAGUGGCUAUGGUGGGAAGACAAAGCCAAUUUUCCAGAAUAAGGCUAAGACCACAAAGAAGAUUGUGCUAAGGCUGGAAUGUGUUGAGCCUAACUGCAGAUCCAAGAGGAUGCUGGCCAUUAAGAAAUGCAAGCAUUUUGGACUGGGAGGAGAUAAGAGAAAGGGCCAAGUGAUCCAGUUCUAAACUUUGGGAUAUUUUUAACUUUGAAGAGAAAUUGUUGAAGCCAUAGAAAAAUUACCUGUAGGAUAAUAAAUACUGUGAUAUGCAAAAACAACAAAAAAUAUGUCUUGUUUAUCCUAAAGUAAACAAAUGUUUUUAUAAAACUAGUUCUCAAAUAUGUGUUAAUGGCCUAGGUUAGAGCUACGUAUCUACUGGGGUGUGUAUUCACCCCAUGUCAUAGACUACUACAGCAAACUAGUUCCUCUAUACCACAUAUGAGUAACCAGAAAAGACUCUUGUUUUUAAUAAACCAUGCUCAAAAGAGGCUUUUAGGAGAGAUCCAAGAUGGCUGAUCACUAGCAGCUCGGGAUUGUAGCUCCCAGUGAAAGCACAGAGAACAAGAGGACGCCACACUUUCAGACAAAUUUUUGUUACUCAUGGACCAGGAGAUUCCCAGUGGAGGAGCCCCACGGGUCGCCAGCACGUCUCUUGUGGCCGGCGCUAUGGUUUUGCUGAUGCCUCGGUUCUUGGUGCAGAGUAAACAGGACUGGCUGACGUUUGGAGCUCCGGGAAGGCAGAGUCGCCUAUUCAGCUGACUGAAGGAUGGACUCAAGAAGGAAGCCAGACCAGAGAUUCCCGGGCAGAAAAGCACCACGAAUCUUAGUGCCACUGUUUUAGCCGGUGCAGUGGGUUGCUCAGAUUCCGGUGCUGGGAAUCAAUAAAUUGGAUGUCCACUCAGAAACCUAAUUAGAAAGUUGGUAAUUACAAAGACAACAGAUGGAUAAAUUUAUAAUGAAGGGAAGAAACCAGCCUAAAAAGGCUGAGAAUACCCAGAAUCAGAAUGCCUCUCCCUCUACAGGGGAUAACAGUUCCUCAUCAGCAACGGAACAAGGCCUGAUGGAGAACAAGUGUGUUCCAUUAACAGAAGUAGGCUUCAGAAGGUGGAUGAUAAGAAACUUCUGGGAGUUAAAAGAACUUGUUCUAACCCAAUGCAAAGAAACUGAGAACUUUGAAAAAAGGUUUGACGAAAUGCUAACAAGAAUAGACAACAUAGAGAUAAAUAUAAGUGAAUUAAUGGAGUUGAAAAACACAACUCAAGAACUUCGUGAAGUAUGCAUAAGUUUUAACAGCCAAAUUGAUCAAACAGAAGAAAGGAUAUCAGAGGUCAAAGACCAACUUAAUGAAAUAAAACGAAAAGACAAGAAUAGCGAAAAAAGGAUAAAAAGAAAUGAGCAAAGUCUCCAAGAAAUAUGGGACUAUGUGAAAAGACCUAUCUAUGUUUGAUAGGUGUACCUGAAUGCCACGAAGAGAAUGAAUCCAAGCUGGAAAAUACUCUUCAGGAUAUUAUUCAGGAAAACUUCCCCAACCUAGCAAGGCAGCACAAUAUUCAACUCCAGGUAAUACAGAGAACACCACAGAGAUAUUCCUCAAGAAGAGCAACCCCAAGGCACAUAAUCAUUGGAUUCACCAGGGUUGAAAUGAAGGAGAAAAUACUAAGGGCAACUAGAGAGAAAGGUCAGGUUACCCACAAAGGGAAGCCUAUUAGACUCACAGCAGAUCUCUCAGCAGAAACCCUACAAGCCAAUAGAGAGUGGGGGGUCAAUAUUCAACAUCCUUAAAGAAAAGAACUUUCCACCCAGAAUUUCAUAUCCAGCCAAACUAAGCUUCACAAGCGAAGAAAAACAUAAAAUCUUUUGUGAACAAGCAAGUACUCAGAGAUUUCAUCACCACCAAGCCUGCUUUACAAGUGCUUCUGAAAGAAGCAUUACACAUAGAAAGGAACAACCAGUAUUAGCCUUUCGAAAAAUAACCAAAAAGUAAAAAGCAUCAACAUAAUAAAGAAUUUACAUCAACUAAUUGGCAAAACAGCUAGCUAACAUCAAAUGGCAGUAAUAAACUCACAUAUAUUAUUAUCGAUACUAAAUUUAAAUCUACUAAAUCCCCCAAUCAAAAGACACAGCCAAAACCCACUGGUAUGUUGCAUCCGGAUCCAUCCCAUAUACAAGGAUACACAAAGAUUCAAAACAAAGGGAUGGAGAAAGAUUUACCAACCAAAUGGAGAGCAUAAAUAAAUAAAUAAAUAAAUAAAUAAAAAGCAGGAGUUACAAUUCUCACCUCUGAUAAAGUAGAUUUUAAAGCAACAAAGAUCAAAAGAGGCAAAGAUGGUAAAAGGAUCAAUGCGACAAGAAGAGCUAAUGAUCCUAAAUAUAUAUGCACCCAAUACAUGAGCACCCAGAUACAUAAGACUUAUAAAGAGACUUCAUCAAUAUUAGAUAGAUCAACAAGACAGAAAAUCAACAAGGAUAUCCAGGACUUGAACUCAGAUACAGAACAAGUAAACUUAAUAAACAUUUAUAGAACUCUCCACUUUAAAUACACAAAAUAUACACUCUUAUCAGUACCAUAUCACACCCACUCACAGGUUUAAAUGAAAUAUUGGUUGGCUACUUGUUUGUUAUUUUCUUCCCUCAUCUUUUCCUGUCUCCAUUAUUAAGCACAAUUAUUGGCAUAAAAGAGGUUUUCAAUACCCAUUUUUAGACUGCAUUCUAGCCUGGGCAAUAAAGCAGUACUCCUGUUCUCUCUCCCUCUUCCUCUUCCUCUUUCUUCCUGUCUUUCAUUCUUUUUUUUCUUUUUUCUUCCUUUCUCUCUUUCUUUUUUUUUUAUUUCUCUUUUUCUUUAAAAUAAAUAAAUAAACCAUGCUCUGUGUUAUCUAAUUCUUCUAUGGACUAAACUAGUAGGUGAAUUUGUGAUUGUCUUGGGCAUAUGUGGGACAUAUUCUCAAAGGAUGAAAAUAUUUGAUCCUAAUGCAUUCCUAAGAAGUUGAAUUAUAUAUUUGCAUGUCUUGAAGUAAGUGGAAGAUAACCAUUAACAAGAAACCUUUUUUUUUU